AUGGUGAAAUCGUACCUAAAGUACGAACACGCCAAGUCGUUUGGUGUGAUUACGACCAACACCUCAAACAUUCUCUGGGCUGCCAAAGACCGGACCAGUAGUGGCGCCGGACAAGCCGUCGUCGCCGCGAAUGAAGAAGUUCUCUGCUGGGAUAUAAAAAAGGGAGAGCUUAUCAGUAGAUGGAGGGACGAACGGUGUACAGCUUCUGUGACUGCAAUCGCGCAGAGCAAGGCAGACAAAGACGUCUACGCCAUUGGAUACGAGGAUGGUAGUAUCCGACUCUGGGACAGUAAAAUUUCGACGGUUAUUGUUAAUUUCAACGGUCAUAAGUCCGCUGUUACGAAGCUAGCAUUCGAUAAUUCUGGCGUACGACUUGCCAGUGGCUCCAAGGAUACCGAUGUUAUUAUUUGGGAUCUGGUCGCUGAAGUCGGCCAAUUUAAACUACGCGGACACAAGGAUCAGGUCACUGGGCUCCAGUUCAUCGAGCCCAAGUUGCAAGUUGAGAAUGAUGACGGAUCACGCGCAAUGCUCUUGAAUGAUGAAAACUCGUCGGAUGGCUUCCUAAUCACGACUGGCAAGGAUUCUUUGCUUAAACUUUGGGACCUCUCAUCAAGACACUGCAUCGAAACACAUAUCUCUCAAACGAAUGGCGAAUGCUGGGCCUUGGGUGUUUCUCCUGAUGUAAGCGGAUGCAUCACCGCAGGAAAUGACGGCGAGAUGAAAGUCUGGUCCAUUGAUACCGAAGGUUUAGCCGCCAGCACCCAACAGGUCGAUAUUUCUGCGGCCGCUCAUUACCUUCAUGACCGUGGAAUACUUCACAGGCAAAGCAAAGAUCGAGCAAUCGAGAUUAUUUUCCACCCACAGCGAGACUACUUUGCCGUCCAUGGCUCCGAGAAGAGUGUUGAUGUGUGGAGAAUCAAAUCCGAAGCGGAAAUUAAAAAGAGUCUAGCACGAAAGCGACAGCGACGCAGACAAAAGCAGAAGGACAGCAAGGCCGAAGAACAUGAUGCGGAAAACGGCGAUGAAGCCAAUGAGGAUGUUUCGAAAGCGAACGUUGGGGAUGUCUUUGUUCAGUAUGUUAUUGUCAGAACUGGGGGCAAGGUCCGCUCAGUUGAUUGGGCAACAUCCAGCAACCAGAAGGACUUACAACUGUUGGUGAGCACAACAAACAACCAACUGGAGUACUAUAGCAUCCCUCACAAGGAGAGGAUUGAGCGCAAGAAGAAAGAUGACAUCCCUGACUAUACUCGCGGCUUGGCUGUAGAACUGCCGGGACAUCGAGCUGACAUCAGAGCAUUGUCCCUGAGCUCGGAUGAUAAAAUGCUUGCCUCGGCAGCCAACGGUUCGAUGAAGAUUUGGAACAUCAAGACUCAAGCGUGUAUUCGUACAUUUGAGUGUGGCUACGCUCUUUGCUGCGCGUUCUUGCCGGGUGACAAAGUGGUGGUCGUCGGCACGAAGAGUGGUGAACUGCAAUUAUUCGAUGUUGCAUCAGCAUCACUGAUCGAUGCCGUGCAGGCACACGAGGGUGCCAUUUGGAGCCUUAGCGUCCAUCCCGAUGGACGAUCCGUUGUUUCUGGCAGUGCCGAUAAGACGGCAAAGUUCUGGGAGUUCAAGAUUGUCCAAGAGGAGAUUCUUGGCACGAAGAGGACAACACCCAAGCUGAAACUUGUUCAGUCACGCACUCUCAAAGUGUCUGAUGAUAUUCUGAGUCUCAAAUUUUCUCCCGAUGCCAAGCUGCUUGCGAUGGCCUUGCUAGACAACACGGUCAAAGUUUUCUUUGUAAAUUCGCUAAAGCUAUACCUCAACCUCUAUGGUCACAAGCUUCCCGUCCUGAGUAUGGACAUCUCGUACGACAGCAAGCUUAUUGUUACGAGUUCAGCGGAUAAGAAUAUAAGAAUAUGGGGGCUGGAUUUCGGUGAUUGUCACAAAGCAUUGUUUGGUCACCAGGACAGUAUUCUGCAAGUCGCCUUUGUCCCACACAAUUCCGACGGUAAUGGCCACCACUUCUUCAGCAGUAGCAAAGACAAGACCAUUCGAUACUGGGACGGAGACAAGUUUGAGCAGAUUCAGAGACUGGACGGCCAUCACAGCGAAAUCUGGACGAUUGCCAUCAGUCACACCGGAAACUUCCUCGUGAGCGCUAGUCACGACAAGAGCAUCCGGGUUUGGGAGGAAACCGACGAGCAAAUCUUCCUCGAAGAGGAGCGAGAGAAGGAAAUGGAGGAGCUUUACGAAAGCACAUUAACAACCUCCCUUGAAAAUGACCCCGACGCCGAGGGCGAGAAUGGCGAAGUAGCUGCGGCAACAAAACAGACAACAGAGACAUUGAUGGCUGGUGAAAGAAUACAAGAAGCCCUAGAAAUGGGCAUGGCCGACCUGAACCUUAUAAAAGAAUAUGAGGAAGCAAAACUCACGAACCCUCACGCCCCCCCGCCACAGCGCAACCCCGUCUUCCUCGCUCUCGGCAACAUCACCGCCGAAGUCCACGUCAUGUCAGUCCUGCAACGCAUCAAGGCAUCUGCCUUGCACGACGCACUGCUCGUUCUGCCAUUUGCCACCGUCCCGAUACUGUUAACAUUUCUCAACAUCUUUGCCAUGCGGUCCAUGAACAUCCCCCUGACGUGCCGCAUUCUCUUUUUCAUAAUCAAGACUCACCACAAGCAAAUUGUAGCUAGUCGCACAAUGAAGUCUAUGAUGGAUGGGAUACGCACAAACCUGCGAGCAGCGCUGAAGAGACAAAAGGAUGAAAUGGGAGUUAAUAUUGCCGCACUCAAGGUCGUGGGGAUGCAACUCCGCGAUAAGAGUAUCAAGGAUUAUGUUGAUGAGAAGUGGGAGGAUGAGAACCCAGAGAGGAGUGCGAAGAAGCGGGCCUUUGUACAUGUAGCAUAA